CCCCUCGUUAAUGAUCACUGUAUCAAUCUGAAUGAUCUGAAGAACUACCGACCAAAUUUUGCUGGAUUCACACCCCUCCUUUAUGAAUCCCUAGCGAUUCUGAAUGCGAACGCAUUUUUCAUGUUCCUACUAUAUAAACCGACUUCAGUAUAUGAACAUACGUAGAUGGCGCUAAUGGAGUAACACAUUCAUUUCGACGGUGAUCGGUUCGCAUCUUCGGCGUGAGGAGAGAAGAGAAGAGAGGACGUAGAUAGAAAAGAAAGAUCUAAUCACUUUUGUCGAUCGAGUGGUAUUAUUCGAAUUCAGCUAUGGCGUCUUGCAAUGAUCCCGGUCUCGGACAGAAAGUUAGUCUUAUAAAAGACAAAGAGCGUGGUUUAUCGCAUCGAGAAUCGAAAGACAAGUUUCAAGUGUCUCCUAGUACCGUGUCGAACAUCUUGAAAAGAAAACACGAAUACCUUGGUGAUUACGGGAGCAACCGAAAGAAGAAGUUCAAGAGAAAACUGUAGAAUGAGCUUGGCCAGAACGUAACCGAUGCAGUCUACGAUUGGUUUUGUUGCAUAACGAUCUAAGCGGAUUCCAGUGUCAGGACCUAUUCUGCAGGAAUACGCGAGGAAAGAUAGUUCCGAGUGUGGCGAUUUCUUCGAAUUUCAAGGCUAGUAACGGAUGGUUGGAGCGUUUUCGAGCGCGCCACAAUAUUCCAUUCAGGGUGAUUUUGGAUGAGGUAGCCGCUGUGACUGACGAAACAGUUGAAGAUUGGAAAGCGCGGUUACCAAAAAUUCUGGAAAAUUACCAUCCGGCGGACGGAUAA